AUGUACCUCCACCAUUUCGUUUCGUUUAUGUUAUUGUUAUCGCCUAACAUUUUAUUUUGUGCGUCGGCGGCGGUGCACAGCCAUAGUUUGGACAACGUUGAGCGUGAAUCUGACGGCGCUUACCGGCCGCGAGAUGCAGAACACUACAACGACGUCGGGCACAACGUCGAGUUUGACCACGAAGCGAUAUUAGGCAGCGUCAAAGAAGCUGAAGAGUUUGAUAAGCUGAGCCCUGAAGAAUCAAAGCGGAGACUGGGCCUAAUGCUGCCCAAAAUGGAUCUCAACGGAGACAAGUUCAUUGACCGAGACGAGCUAAAGAAGUGGAUAUUGAACUCAUUUAUUAAUCUUUCUCGGGAGGAGGCAGAGGAGAGAUUGACUGAGGCAGAUGAAGAUAGGGAUGGUGCUGUGACUUGGUCAGAGUACUUACGGGACUCCUUUGGAGUUGACACAGAGGAAGAGUUGAAUCCUGAUGAUACUGGGGAUACAGGGAUGCAGUUGGUCCAUGAGGAGAAGGCAAUGUGGAAAACAGCAGACAAGGAUGGUGAUGGAAAACUUGAUAUGGCAGAAUUUGAGGUUUUCUCGAAUCCCGAGGAGCACCCUGUAAUGCACCCUCACCUGGUGUCUCAGGCAUUGAGAGAAAAGGACAACAACAACGAUGGGAUGCUAGACUUUCACGAGUAUAUUGGGGAGAGAGGACAACAUCAAGACAAAGAAUGGUUAGUAUCAGAAAGGGAUAAAUUUGAUAACGAGCUGGACUCAAAUCGGGAUGGCCUGCUGGAUCAACAUGAGGUUCACCGGUGGCUCAUACCUGACAAUAGUGAGAUAGCUGAAGAAGAAGUGGACCAUUUGUUCGCGUCAGCUGAUGAUGAUCACGACGACCUUCUGACAUUUGACGAAGUCUUGGAGCAUCACCACGUGUUCGUUGGCAGCGAGGCCACAGACUUUGGAAAUGAUAUAGAUCGCUUCGAUGAUGAGUUAUAA